UCACUUGGGUUACAAUUUUUAGGGACGGAGGGAAUAUAUGUAAACUCUUUUUAUAUUGAAAAUUUAGAUUUUUGCGCUUCAUAAAAUUUUAUUAAGUCGAAAAUUAAUCAUUUUGGAAGCGUGUGAAUAAAUUAUUUCCCUUGAGGAAGGACUUCAUGGAUCCAUAUAGUCAUCAUUAUGUAAAGAUGAGAUUAAUUUCAUCAAGAUUUUUGGUCUCUUCCUUGUUAAGUUUUAGUCUAGUGUAAAAUUAUUUUCAAAUUUGUUUUGACUUGAAAUACAUUACAUUCUACCAUUCAAAUCAAAGGAGGCAUCGGAAGAUCACGGCCAGCUAAUUUCGUUACAAGGGAGAAUUGAAUCAAAAAGUCAACCACCGCAAGCAAAGAUAAGAAGAGAAAUCACAAAAGGGGCAGUUUGGUCGAAGUAGAAACAUGUCGGAGGCCCUCCUCUUAUCGGUGAUACAGAAGCUAGACAUCAAUUAUCGAGAGAAUGAAACAAAUAAUGAAAUGGAAAGGGUAAUGAAAGAGAUGAGAGAGAUUAUGGAUAUUGUGAGGGAUAAGAAACUGGAAGAGGGAAGAAUCCUCAAUUUUUUAGUAUCUGACCUUGUCGACAUGGCUGAUGAUGCACUCGACCUUUUCAUCAGUCAACACAAAAGCUAUGGUAGGAUGUCUAAGUCCAUCUAUAGUUGGAUGGGAGAGAUCAAAAAACAGAUGCUUAAACUGGGAGAUGAUGGGGCAGAGAUGAGAUCAUCAGAAACUGUUGAAGAUGACAAAUAUGUGGUGGGCUUGGACGAAGAUGUCGAAUUUCUGAUUCGCAAAAGGAUUAUUGGUGGUGCUGGAAAGUCUGUUCUUAUCAAAGGGAUGUGUGGUAUUGGAAAGACAACUCUUGCCAGAGAGAUAUACAAUCAUCCAACCGUCGUUGAACACUUCGAGCGCCGUGCUUGGGUAUCUAAUUCUACUCACUUCACUAUUAAAGAGCUACUUAUCAAACUCAUACAACAGCUAGAAGAUCCUCAGAAUCUCCAUACAUCUUCCGUAUUGGAAAAUAUGGACAACCGAAGCCUCCGAGAUAUGCUUUCCCAACACCUGCGAGGAAAGCGAUAUCUUAUAGUUCUCGACGACGUGCCCAAACAAAUGCGCUUGAAGUCUUUCUUGGAAGCUCUUCCAGAUCAAUACAAUGGAAGUAGAUUGCUGCUCACAAGUCACACGACACAAGUCGACAUAAAAGUAUAUGAUGCAAAUGUUUAUUAUAAGAUGAAACCUUUGGAUUCUAAGAAGAGCUGGCAAUUGUUUAUGAGAACAAUAAACCAUGGCAAUAAAUUAACGGGCGACCACAAAUUCCCAAUGUCCUUGGAGUAUAUGGGAAAACAAAUGUUGAGAAAAUGUGACGGAUUGCCAUUAGCUAUAAAAGAGGUGGGAAAGCACUUAGUCGAAAAGAAACUCUCAGGAGGGAGUGAAUGGGAGCAACUUCUUGAAUCAGUUGAUUUUGGUUCAACCUUGAAGUUAUUGGAACCAUUUUAUCAUAAAUUGGAUCCCAAACUGGAGUCGUGUUUCUUGUGUAUGGCCUUCUUUAAGGAAAAUACUACUUUGAGGGCAGAAAAGUUGAUACAGAUUUGGGUUACCGGAGGAGCAGUAGAGGAUUCAGAAGAUGGGUGUGGACGAAAUCUAGAGGAUUUAGUCAAUGAAUCUUUUAUUGAUGUCAAUGACAAGGGCACCAAGUAUCACAUGAAUGUUGUGCUACACAUGCUAUCCAUCCAAAAAGCACAGGAGAAACUAGGUUUUGAGAUGCUAAGGAACAAUGGAAAUAAUCGACCCUCUGAGAGUCGUUGUCAUCAUCGUGUUGUCAUUUGUAGCAGAGACAAGUUCAACUACUCCACGGAUCAAGAUAAGCAUCUUGUUUCUCUCUUCUUCCAUGGAGGUGGCUACAUGGACACUCGUCCAUCUUAUUGGAAGAACUUUGAACAACUUAAGAUACUUGACUUGGAAGAUUUCGGGUUGAAGAUUUUACCGGAUACUAUCGGCACAUUGAUGGAAUUAAGAUACUUGGGGUUGAGAAAUAAUUACCUAAAGGACCUGCCACAGUCGUUGGGGUGCUUGGAAAAACUCGAGGUUCUUGAUAUAGCUCAAAACUUUAUGGUGGAGAUCCCAAAUAUUAUAUGGGAAAUGUGGAGCCUUAGCCACCUCUACAUGUCUGAUGUGAUUUCCCGGAAGCCUUUGAAGAUAGUCGGAAUAUGGUUUAUGAAGACCUUAACCUACGUCUCAGUUGAUAAUUGGACAUAUGACCUAUCGGACUUAAAAUUUGGAUGCCUUAAGAAAUUGGGGAUAGAAGAAUUGGAUGGAAACUCAGAUGUAAGCAAGCUCUUUGCGUCAUUGGCUGAGUUGUACUCUCUUAAACACCUAAUCUUAAGAGGGUAUCGUUUCAGAAGCAUGCCUUGUUUGGAUGAGCUUCGUAUUCUAGAAAAUGUCCGUACACUCAAAUUGGAUGGACUCCUUACAAGGCUUCCAACAAGUUUCCCUCCAAAUAUUGAAUCGUUGACGUUGGUUAAUAGCUGUCUUGAUGAAGACCCCAUGCCUCUACUAGCAGAGAAGGUAGGCUCGCUAAAAUACCUCAAAUUGCGGAAUGCAUACACUGGUCAACAAAUGGUGAUGUUGGAUGAUAGUUUUCCCGAGCUAGAAGUCAUGUGCAUCGAAGAGUUGUGGAAUCUGAGAAAUUUACAAGGUGGAAAAAAAACAAUGCUUCUGCUCAAGAAAUUAGAAAUUCAUGAUUGUCCAUAUCUGGAUACGCUCCCGGAAGAGAUUGUGAAGAAGUAUUGGUUCGAGGACUUAAAGAUGGUGGCAACCAAAAGCAUUGCAUCAAAGCUUAGGAAUUCAGACUUAAUCUCCAAAAUAGAGACGGUGAAUAUCAAUCCCAUGAGCUAGAGCAAUUGGCGUUUAUUUGGAUACUUGAUUUUCUUCUCCUUUGGUGGUUGUGUCAUGUGUGUUUUUAAAUGAAAUUUACUCUGUUCCUCCUCUGGUGGUUGUGUCAUGUGUGUUUAUCCUUACAAUAUCGACCAA